GCCACAACAGUGAGAGACCCGCAUACUGCAAAAAAAAAAAAAAAAAAAAAGAUCAAUUUUAAAAAUUGUUUUAAAGCAAAGGUGAGAGAGCUGGUGGGAGUAACCUCCACGACAUCUUCUAGGCUCCAAUAAUCACUAUCCUCAGGCAGUCUUCAUCAAGCUACCUCUAUACUCAAGAAUCCAAAAUGACUUUUUAAAAUCGCCUGUCCUGUCAAAUCCAUAUCCUUAUUCUGAUCUCCUCCAUACAAAACUUCCUCCAUUAACUUCUCCCACUUCCCACCCUACCAACGUUAUCUGCUCACUGUCCCAUGCAGAUAAUUUGCUCUUUCCUACGUGAAUCUCCUUGUGUCCUUACUUCACCUGGAUCCUAUUCAAGUUCUCUCUGCCCUUCAAAUCCCAUUUUAAAUUAAGGAGCCUCCUUCAGAGAGGCACUCUUGGUCAAUUCUAGCCAAUUUGAGCACUCUAUGUUCCCUGAGCUUUUAUGUUCAUUUAUUGGAUAAUAUGGUGCUUUAAUACAUCCUGUGUAUACCCGCAAUAGAAGCAAUUUUAAUAAAAUGGGCAGAGCCUGUGGCUAGGGAUCCCUUUGUAUUUCUCUGCAGAACCCCCUUGAGAACCUGCACUAAGGGGCCAGAUUGUGAAGAUUAUAUGGUAUCCAGACAAGGGCAAAUAAUUGUUUAACCAAGGACCAAUGAGAAUGAUAUCGAAGGGAGCUCUGAGGCCCUGCUGGGGCCUAGGUGGGCUGUUUGCUUUUCCUCCUUCAAGCACGCAGUUAGUUCAGCAGGGAAGGAACUCGCCCCCACUGAGACAGCAAGUGGCUGAGAGCAAGAUUGUAUCCUUUUUCUGGUCAGCCUUCCCUCCUCCUUAACCAGUGAGGAAAAGGCCAACACUGCUCUGAGAGGUGCAGAGCCUGUUCCCAGCGCCCAGGUUUCCAUAUUGCUGGAAGGACCCGAUCUGGGAGGAAGAAAAGGGAGAUGGGAGCAUUUAAGGCCAAGCAGGCACUCAAGCCUCUUCCCUUAGAUUUACACCCAACACGUAUGCAGGAAGGCAAAUUACAAACACCGACGCUCACAAUCACAUACACACGUGCACGCCCAGCCCUACAGAAGCAGACGCGCAUGCCCACGGGUCCGCGUGCACCUACUUAGUUUUCUCUGCUAUAGAUGCCCCCCAUUCCACCCCCGCUCGGCCCAGCCCGGCUUCUCCUACCCCGGCACUGGGGAGGUUUACCGGGCCCGACCCGGCCAGGUCUGGGAAGUCUGUUUCGCUAUAGGGGGGAGGGGAGGUCCUUUCCUCCAGGGCGGAAGCGGAGCGCUCGGGCCGGGCGGACCUAGCUCUCGUCCUGGGAACAUCUGGAGGGGGCUGGGAGGGGCGCGUAUCCAGGGUGAACGUGGAUUGGCUGCGCGGGAGGGGAGGCGGGGUCUGAGCGAGGGGCGGGGCUCACUGGCCCCUUUAAAGCCUUGACAUCAAGAGGCGGCCCCAGCACCCCCCUUUUUCUCUGCCCCCCUCCCCCGAGCCGCGGCCAUGGACUUGGCGGAUCCGGCCUGCCCUAGCCCAGCUCAACACCUGAUUUCGGCAAGGUGACCAUUCUGGCUGCUUGCAUGAGUGUGCCAGCCUGGGUGAGAAGGCAGAGACAGCCUGCGGGGCUUCUCUCACUUGUCCCCAGGGCCUGAUGUCGGAGGCCAUGGACCAGCCGGCCGGGAGCCCUGGAAACCCGAAGCCAGGAGAGGGUGGUGAGGGCAGCAUGGAGCCGGGCACCUGCCAGGAGCUCCUGCACCGGCUGCGGGAGCUGGAGGCAGAGAACUCGGCACUCGCCCAGGCCAAUGAAAACCAGCGGGAGACCUACGAGCGCUGUCUGGACGAGGUUGCCAACCAUGUGGUGCAGGCGCUGCUGAACCAAAAGGACCUGCGGGAGGAGUGCAUCAAGCUGAAGAAGAGGGUAUUUGACCUGGAACGGCAGAACCAGAUGCUGAGCGCCCUGUUUCAGCAGAAACUUCAGCUCACAGCAGGCUCCCUCCCUCAGAUCCCACUCGCCCCACUCCAGCUGCCUUCAGAGCCACCAGCCUCUCCCUCCCUGAGCUCCGCUGAGGGACCGGCCACCUCGCUGCCUCUGGGGCGCUGUGCUGGGCAGAGAGAGGUGUGUUGGGAGCAGCAGCUGCGGCCAGGAGGCCCAGGACCCCCGGCCGCCCCACCCCCAGCGCUGGAGGCCCUAUCCCCGUUCCUUCGAAAGAAAGCCCAGAUCCUGGAGGUGCUGAGAGCCCUGGAAGAGACUGACCCCUUGCUUCUGUGCUCACCUGCCACCCCCUGGCCGCCUCCAGGCGAGGGUUCCGGCUCCCCAGAGCCCAUCAAUGGCGAGCUAUGUGGCCCACCUCAGCCUGAACCCUCUCCCUGGGCCCCCUACCUGCUACUAGGUCCUGGUAGCCUGGGAGGCCUGCUGCACUGGGAGCGCCUCUUAGGGGGCCCAGGGGAGGAAGAGAGUGCUGGGCGGCCCUGGGGCCCUAGUAGGGGCUCCCCACAGGCCCAGGGCACCGGUUCCGGGCCACCCUGCGCCCCAGGCAGCAGCUCCUCCUCCUCUUCUGAUGAAGCAGGUGACCCCAACGAGGCACCCAGCCCUGACACCCUGCUCGGGGCCCUGGCCCGCAAACAGCUGAACCUGGGCCAGCUCCUCGAGGACACGGAGUCUUACCUACAGGCCUUCUUGGCCGGGGCCGCUUGCCCACUCGGCGGGGAACAGCCGGGUCCCAGGCAGCCAUCCUCCCCAGACCAGGGGCCCCCACAGCUGUCCAAGUCCAAAGGCCUCCCCAAGUCAGCUUGGGGAGGGGGUACCCCGGAGGCCCACAGGCCGGGCUUUGGUGCUACCUCAGAGGCCCAGGGGCCUCUCCCCUUCCUCAGCGUGUUCAUGGGUGCAGGGGACGCCCCCCUGGGCUCACGGUCUGGCCACCCCCACUCCUCAUCUCAGGUGAAAAGCAAGCUCCAAAUUGGCUCCCCUUCUCCCGGGGAAGCCCAAGGACCCCUUCUGCCCUCUCCAGCCAGAGGUCUCAAGUUUCUAAAGCUGCCUCCAGCCUCAGAGAAGGUACCCAGCCCAGGGGGCCCCCAGCUCAGCCCCCAGCUCCCCCGGAACUCCCGAAUCCCCUGUCGGAACAGUGGCUCAGAUGGCAGCCCCUCCCCGCUGCCGGCCCGUAGGGGUCUGGGCGGAGGAGAGCUGUCCCCAGAGGGGGUGCAGGGUCUGCCCACCAGCCCGUCACCCUGCCCCACAACCCCAGAUUCUGCACAGCUCAGACCUCCCCAGCCAGCCUUGUCCACUACGCUUUCCCCGGGACCAGCGGUGUCUCCUUGCUACGAGAACAUUCUGGACCUUUCCCGGAGCACCUUUAGGGGGCCUUCCCCAGAGCCACCUCCAUCCCCGCUGCAGGUGCCCACCUACCCACAACUAACUCUGGAGGUGCCACGGGCCCCUGAGGUCCUCAGAAGCCCUGGAGUCCCCUCCAGCCCUUGCCACCCAGAAUCCUGCCCCUAUGAGAGUGCCCAGGAGAAGAGUUUGGACAAGGCAGGCUCGGAGUCUCCCCACCCUGGCCGCAGGACCCCCGGCAGCUCGUCCAAGAAACCUGGUCAGGGGCCGGGCCGGCGACCCGGGGAUCCUGGCUACACACCUCUGCGGGACAGACUAGCAGCCCUGGGGAAACUGAAGACUGGCCCCGAGGGGCCCCAGGGCCCAGAAAAGAAUGGGGUGCCAGCUAGGCCUGGCACCGAGAAGGCCCGGGGAGGAGGGAAGUCAGGGGAGAGCACUGGAGACACAGCGCCCUCUGCCUCCAGGCCCCCUGAGCAGCCAGAAGCCAAGGGGGCCCUGCGGGGGGCCGUAGCCUUAGGCACAAGCAGCCUGAAGCAACAGGAAUCUGGGCUCCUGGGGGACCCUGGGUCCCGAGUCUACUCUUCCCACUCCAUGGGGGCCCGGGUGGACCUGGAGCCUGUCUCACCAAGGAGCUGCCUCACCAAAGUGGAGCUGGCCAAGAGCCGGCUGGCAGGGGCCCUGUGCCCCCAGGUACCCCGCACCCCUGCCAAAGUGCCAACCUCAACCCCCAGCCUCGGCAAGCCCAAUAAGAGUCCCCAUGGCAGCCCGACAAAGCUGCCUUCUAAGUCGCCCACCAAGGUGGUGCCCCGACCUGUGGCCCCACCAGCCACCAAGGAGGCCCCCAAGCCUGACAAGGGGAAGGGCCCACCCUGGGCAGACAGCAGCGGCACUACAGCCCAGCCCACACCCCCAGCACCUGGCCCUGCCGACCCAGGCCCAGGCCCUGAGGGGCGGGCCCCACACUCGGCCAUUGAGGAGAAGGUGAUGAAGGGCAUCGAGGAGAACAUGCUGCGGCUCCAGGGCCAGGAGCGGGCCCCUGGCACCGAGGCCAAGCACCGCAACGCUAGCAGCAUCGCCAGCUGGUUCGGCCUUAAGAAGAGCAAGCUGCCAGCGCUGAACCGCCGCACAGAGGCCGCCAAGGGCAAGGAAGGGGCUGGCGGGGGCUCCCCGCUCCGGAAGGAGGUCAAGAUGGAAGCCCGGAAGCUGGAGGCCGAGAGCCUCAACAUCUCCAAGCUGAUGGCCAAGGCGGAAGACCUGCGCCGGGCACUGGAGGAGGAGAAGGCCUACCUGAGCAGCAGGGCCCGGCCACGGCCCGGGGGACCAGCGCCAGGGCCCGGUGCAGGCCUGGGGCAGGUGCAGGGCCAGCUGGCCGGCAUGUACCAGGGUGCGGACACCUUCAUGCAACAGCUGCUCAACAGGGUGGAUGGCAAGGAGCUGCCCCCCAAGAGCUGGCGGGAGCCCAAACCUGAGUAUGGCGAUUUCCAGCCAGUGUCCUCUGACCCCAAGAACCCCUGGCCGGCCUGUGGGCCCCGAAAUGGCCUGGUGGGCCCUCUUCAGGGCUGCGGAAAACCUCCUGGGAAGCCAAGCAGCGAGCCGGGGAGGCGGGAAGAGAUGCCCUCAGAGGACAGUCUGGCUGAGCCAGUGCCCACCUCACAUUUCACAGCCUGUGGCUCUUUGACUCGAACUCUGGACAGUGGCAUUGGGACCUUCCCGCCCCCAGACCAUGGCAGCAGUGGGACCCCCAGUAAGAAUCUUCCCAAGACCAAGCCACCACGGCUGGAGCCCCCAGCCGGGGUGCCCCCAGCUCGGCCCCCACCCCUUACCAAAGUCCCCCGCCGUGCCCACACACUGGAGCGUGAGGUGCCUGGCAUAGAGGAGCUGCUGGUGAGCGGGCGGCACCCCAGCAUGCCGGCCUUCCCCGCCCUGCUCACCGCUGCUCCGGGCCACCGGGGCCAUCAGACCUGUCCCCACGAUCCUUGUGAAGACCCAGGCCCUCCUGCUCCUGUCCAGCUGGCCAAGAACUGGACCUUCCCCAACGCGAGGGCAGCCAGCGGCUCCUCUGACCCUUUCCUAUGCCCACCCCGACAACUGGAGGGGCUGCCCAGGACCCCCAUGGCCCUGCCCGUGGACGUGGACGGAAAGCGGAGCCUGGAGCCCAGCCGCCCAGCUCCUGCGCCCCAGGGCCCAGCGUUUGGGGGGAGCCGCACCCCCAGCACAUCGGACGUGGGCGAGGAAGGGAGAGUGGCCAGUGGGGGUGCCCCGGGGCUGGAGACCUCAGAGUCUCUCAGUGACUCACUCUAUGACUCGCUGUCCUCCUGCGGGAGUCAGGGCUGAGCGGUUGCAGCGGCCACGCCCCGCUCUGGCGUCGGAGACCGCGGACUGGGCCGGCUCGCCUCACGCCCCGCCCCCUCGGGGCCCGUGGGGCCCCUCCCUGAAGGGACCAAGGAGGUAGAUGGACAAGAAGGUGAAGGGGGUCCCCGGCACACCCCACUGCCCGCCGCUGCUGUGGAGGAGAUGACCGCUCUCAGCUCAGGGAGAGACCCCACCCUUGGUCCCUUCUCUCACCCAGAGUAAGGCUCUUCCUCUGCGGGACUGGGGGUUCGAGGCCGCUGUGUCCCGGCCCCCAGCUCCCACUUCAGGCUGAGCCAUCUUGUGGUGCUGGGCUUCCUGCCCACCAGCCGUGCCAUCUCCACCCACCCUGGCAGCUCCCCUGCCUCAGAAGCCCCGUGCUGGUGGAGUUCAGGGGCGAGGGGUCAAGUUGCCUUCUCUCUGUCUGCCCUGGCCCUCCCCGCUGUCUGGAUGGUGCUGCCCUCUCCUGCCCCAUGUCUUUGGGGCCCAUUUGUUGUCUUUUUUGUUGUUUUUUUUUUUUAUAUUAAAGCACCUGGCCCAGUCUCCACCCGCCCGCGCCCCCUCCUCCCAUCCCCGCACUGCGGUUAAUUUAUCUGUUGUUAAAAAACGCGGCUGCUCUGCUUCCAGCCUCUGCUUCUGCCGUAUCCCUAAUAAAACGUGGAGGCCCCUCCCUG